UCACACUCACAAAACAGUGGGGAGCCAAACAGUCUUCUUCUCGCUCUCAAAAACGACUCGCUUCAUGUUUUUCAUUUCUCUAAAUCGCUGCGCAUUGUGACGUUUGAUUUAACGGAAACAAAAUGGUUAACAACAAAGGAAAGUCGAUCGCCGUCGGAAGAGAAACUUACGGCAAGAGGAAGCGGAAAGGCGCCGUUGGAGGAGCCGCAGACGUCGGUGAUAACUCUCGCCGGAGGCAGAGGAAAAACCCUGGCGUUCUCCAGUUUUUUGAAGACACUGCUGCCGUGGACGACGACGACGACGAAGAAUCUGAUUCCAGUGACGACGAUGACGCCGGCUUCAACGAUGAAGAUUUUAUGCAAGAAGAAGUUGCUGCACAACUGAAAGUAAAUAACGAACAAGGAAAAUCUUAUAACCUUCCAUUCUUUCCCAAGGAAGAGGUAAUAGAUGAGGUAGAAUUUGACAAAUUGAUGGAAGAACGUUACAAGGACGGUUCUAAUUUUGUCAGUUAUGUGGGAGAUGAUUAUGAGUCCAAAAGAAUGGUUGACAGUAAUUACCAUAUGGCUUAUCAUAAGGAUCCAAUCGUCUGGAAGGUCAAAUGCAUGGUUGGACGUGAGAGGCACUCGGCUUUUUGUCUGAUGCAGAAGUUUGUAGAUUUGCAAUCAUUUGGUACCAAACUGCAGAUAAUAUCCGCAUUUUCCAUUGACCACAUAAAGGGUUUUAUUUACAUUGAAGCUGAUAAACAAGCUGAUGUUAAUGAGGCGUGUAAAGGACUUUCUGGUAUAUAUACUUCGAGAAUGGCCCCAGUUCCCCAGAAUGAAGUUUCACAUUUGUUCUCUACCCGCAUCAAGUAUAAUGAAGUUUCUGUGGGCACAUGGGCCUAUGUGAAGAGUGGAAAAUAUAAGGGGGAUUUGGCACAGGUCGUGGCUGUGAACAAUGCACGGAAAAGAGCGACUGUGAAGCUAAUCCCAAGAAUUGAUUUACAAGCAUUGGCUGCAAAAUUUGGUGGUGGAGUUAGUCUAAAGAAAAAUGCCACAGCAGCACCAAGAUUGAUCAGUUCAAGUGAACUUGACGAGUUUCGGCCACUCAUUCAAUAUAGACGUGACCGUGAAACUGGCCAGGCUUUUGAGAUUCUUGAUGGAAUGAUGCUUAAGGAUGGAUAUUUAUACAAAAGAGUGUCAAUUGACUCAUUAAAUUGCUGGGGUGUUGUGCCUUCGGAAGAGGAACUCCUGAAGUUUAUGCCUUCUGAUAGAAAUGAGUCUGUUGAUUUGGAGUGGCUUUCACAGCUUUAUGGUGAACAAAAGAAAAAGCGGACUGUACCAAUGGACAAAGGGGGUAGUAAAGGAGAGUGCUCAUCGGGAUCUAGCCUUGGGAACAGUUUUGAACUCUUUGAACUAGUAUGCUUUGGGCGGAAAGACUUUGGUCUUAUUGUAAGCAUGGAGAAAGAUGAUCAAUACAAGAUACUGAAAGAGGGUCCAGAAGGACCUGCUGUAGUUCCUGUUGAACGGCGCAUGCUAAAAACUGGACCCUUUGAUAUGAAAUUUACUGCUUUAGAUCAGCACAUGAAGAUCAUAUCUGUUAAUGAUACUGUCAGGGUUUUGGAAGGUCCAACUAAGGAUAGGCAAGGUAUUGUUAGGCAAAUCUACAGAGGGAUCAUAUUUUUAUAUGAUGAGAAUGAAACUGAAAAUGGUGGUUAUUUCUGCACCAAAUCACAACUUUGCGAGAAAAUCAAGAUUUCUGCUGAUGCAUGUGAUGGAAAGGGUGGUGGAUCGGGUGCUUCUGGUUUUGAAGAACUAGUGUCUUCUCCCAAGUCUCCUCUGUCGCCUAAGAAACCAUGGCAAGCAAAGGAAUUCAAUGUCAAACGAGGAGAUAAAGAUGGAAUGUUUUCAGUUGGCCAAACAUUAAGAAUCCGAGUCGGUCCUUUGAAGGGGUAUCUCUGUCGUGUUUUAGCAAUACGCUAUUCAGAAAUUACUGUGAAGCUUGAUUCUCAGCAGAAGGUUCUUACAGUUAAAGGUGAGCACCUUGCUGAGGUUCGUGGGAAGAGCUUUGCGACUUCUACAAGUGAUGAUCCAGGGUCUGGUUCAUUUAAACCAUUUGAUCUGCUGGGAACUGAAGGUUCCUCUGGAGGUUGGAUGAAUGGAGCGGGCACAUCAGCGGAGGGUGAUAGGUGGAAUGCUGGAGGUUCAUCCGGUGAAAGGAGCUCCUGGCCUAGUUUUCCUGCUUCUGGAACUAUGAUUCAAGAGGAAGACUCUGCAUGGGAGUGCAAGGCAACUGCAAAUCAAAAUUCAUCUUGGGGUGCAGCAGUGGCCGAUGGGAAGAAUGAAGACUGUUGGAACAAAGCUGCUGUAGAAGUUAUUGGCUCUGACAGCGGUGCAUCUGGCAGUUGGGGUAAAUCAGUGGUACCCAGUGGCGAUCCAACCAGUUCUUUGCAUGCUUCUCAUGAUAACUGGGGUAAUGCAAAAGGCCCUGCUGACCCUUCUAAAGAUGCUUCAAGCGAGUGGGGGAAAAACAAUGAUGCAAAUGGUAAUCAGGACAACUGUAAAAAAUCAGACCCCUGGGACAAAGGCAUGAACACUGUUGGUAACUCUAACAGUUGGGGUGCUGCAACUGCUGAGAAAAACCAAUUGGAUUCAUGGGGUAAAGGUAAAGAUAUGGUUGAAGAUGGAGGUACUUCUGGUAAACAAGAUGUUGGAUCUUUGUGGAGUAAACAAGAUGGAGGGUCUUCUUGGAGUAAACAAGCUGAUAAACAGCACAGCAAACAGGAUGGAGGAUCUUCAUGGGGCAAUCAAGGUGGAGGGUCUUCGUGGAAUAAAGAAGAUCAGCACAGCAAGCAGGAUGGAGGAUCUUCUCGGGGCAAGCAAGAUGGAGGAUCUUCAUGGGGCAAGCAGGAUGGAGGAUCUUCUCGGGGCAAGCAAGAUGGAGGAUCUUCAUGGGGUAAGCAGGAUGGAGGAUCUUCUCGGGGCAAGCAGGAUGGAGGAUCUUCAUGGGGUAAGCAAGAUGGAGGAUCCUCAUGGGGCAAGCAGGAUGGAGGAUCUUCUUGGGGCAAGCAAGAUGGAGGAUCUUCAUGGGGUAAGCAGGAUGGAGGAUCUUCUCGGGGCAAGCAAGAUGGAGGAUCUUCGUGGGGUAAGCAGGAUGGAGGAUCCUCAUGGGGCAAGCAAGAUGGAGAGUCUUCAUGGGGCAAGCAAGAUGGAGGAUCGGGCAAUCAAGACAGAGAGUCUUCAUGGGGCAAGCAAGAUGGAGGAUCUUAUCGUGGCAAGCAAGAUGGAGGAUCUUCAUGGGGCAAGCAAGAUGAUCAAGGAAAAAGCUGGGAGAAGCCACAGGGAUUUGAUGGAGGUCGUGGAUCAGGUGGGAGAUGGGGACAAGGAGGUGGUAGAGGAGGUAGAGAUCAAUCUGGCACAGGAAGAUCGUUUGGCCGGGGUCAGUCUUCAGGUUGGGAGAAAGAAUGUCCAGGAAACAAUUGGACUAGUAAUGGGGAUGCCGGAAAAAGUUGGAAUGCAGGCAGCAGGGCUUCAUUUGAUGACCAUGGCACUGAUUGGAAAAGUGGAACAAGUCAGGCAGGUGGAAAUCCAUCAAACAGGGAUAACAAAUCCAGUGAUUGGAGUGCUUCUCUUAAAACUUCUCAAGAUAAGUCAUGUGGUUGGAAUAAAGAAUCUGCUGCUGACAAAGUGAAUGAGCAUAAAGAUCAAGGAGAUGGUUGUAAUAAUAGGAAAACUUCAGAUGGUGGUUCUGCAACUGGUCAAAGUGCUGGUUUGAAAGAAGUGAAUGAUUCUAGUAGAGACCAGGAUUCUAAAUGGGGUAAAAAUAGCAAUUGGAAUUCUGGAUCUAGUGAUGCUGGUAGAUAUCAGGAUUCUAAUUGGGGCAAAAAAAGCAAUUGGAUUUCUGGAUCUAGCGAUGCUGGUGGAAAUCAGGAUUCUAAUUGGGGCAAAAAGAGCAGUUGGAAUUCUGGAUCUGGUGAUGCUGGUGGAAAUCAGGAUUCUACUUGGGGCAAGAAAAGUAGUUGGAACUUGGGAUCUGCUGAUGCCGACCAGGAUUCAACUGGGGAUAAGAAGGGCAGCUGGAGCUCUGGUGGUAAUGCAAACCAAGAUUCAAGUUGGGGCCAAAAACGUAAGUGGAACUCUGGAUCUGAUGACGCAAACCAGAAUUCCAACUGGGGUAACAAAGGCAGCUGGAAUUCUGGAUCCAGCGAUGCGAACCAGGAAACUAGUUGGGGCCAAAAAGGUAAUUGGAGCUCAAGAUCUGGUGAUGCUAAUCAGGAAUCUAAUUGGGGUAAGAAAAGUGAGUGGAAUUCUGGAAACGAAGAUCAAACAGGUGGAGGAAGUUGGAGGGAUGGUUCUGACGGGGGGAGCUUUAGAGGUAGAGGAGGUUCAGAUAGAGGUGGCUUUGGAGGUAGAGGCAGAUCAGACAGAGGAGGCUUUGGAGGUCGAGGUAGGGGUGAUAGAGGUGGUUUUGGUGGUAGGGGCGAUAGAGGAGGCUUUGGUGGGAGGGGCGAUAGAGGAGGCUUUGGUGGUAGGGGCGGUAGGGGAGGCUUUGGUGGUAGGGGCAAUAGUGGUGGCUUUGGUGGUAGGGAUGGAUCAGAUAGAGGAGGAUUUGGUGGUAGAGGCCGUGGAAGGAGGGAUCAAGGUGGUAGUUGGAACAAUAGUGAUUCUGGAAGUUGGAACCAAGAUGGUGAUAAGGGCCAGUGGAAGAGUUGGAAUUCAGGAAGUGGUGGAAGUAGCAGUCUAGCUGGUGGUUGGAACAAAGGAGGUGAUACAACUAAUGAAACUGGUGGUAAGAGUCAAGGAAACAAUUGGAAGCCAUCAGAUACUUCAGGUGGGAGCCAAUGGUCUGGUUGGAAGGAUUCUGACACUACAAAGGAAGUUAAAGGAACUGAUGAUCAAGGCGGCAGUGGGUGGAACAAGGGAUCAGGUGGAAAUGCUCAAGCUGGGAGCUGGAGUAACCAAGGUUCAGGUUGGAACAGCGGAACAGGGACAAGAAACGGUGGUGGUGAUGGUGAUCAACCCAAGUCCUGGAAUCAAUCAAAUGAUGCAGAUGGUCAAUCAUCCGGUUGGGGUCAGUCGAAAGAUAAAGGAGAAGCAAGCGGUGGAGGAAGCUCUUGGGGGAAGGGAAGUGAUGGAAGUGGAAGCGGGAAAGGAGGGUGGUAA